UUCGCGAUGCGUCCGCUGAUGUAUGUUUCUGCACAUGGCCGUGCCGCCCAACGGGCUUCUGCAUUGUUCCACGGUUUUUCGCACUUUAUCACCGGUAAAUGGACCUAUUGUAAUUAGAUUUCCUAUUCCCACGAUUAAAAAUUACGCGCUCUGUGCCUUAAACUAUACGAAAAGCAUUUUCUGUGUCGAUAACUAUAAUUAAUGAAUCAAAAAGAUUAUAUUUAUUAUUUUUAGAAGAAUUGUAUUAUAUACUAUAUCCACCAUGACUACAUCAUCAGAAGAUGUGCUAAUGCAAGUAGGACAAGUUCGUUAUAAGAAAGGAGAUGGCACUUUGUAUGUGAUGAAUGAAAGAAUUGCCUGGAUGCUCGAUAACAGAGAUACUGUAUCUGUCAGUCACAAAUAUGCCGAUAUUAAGUUGCAAAAAAUUUCACCAGAAGGAAAAUCAAAAAUACAGCUACAAGUUGUAUUACAUGAUGGUUCAUCAUCUACUUUUCAUUUUGUAAAUAGGAAUGGACAAGAGGCACAAAUUAAAGACCGUGAUGAUGUAAAAGAAUUACUUCAACAGUUACUACCAAAAUUUAAAAGAAAAGUGAACAAGGAGUUAGAAGAAAAAAAUAGAAUGCUUCAAGAAAAUCCUGUACUACUUCAGUUGUACAGAGAUUUAGUUAUAACACAAGUCAUUUCAUCUGAAGAAUUUUGGUCACAGCAUGCUGCAGAGUAUACCCAAGCUAAAAAAAGUCAAAGACAAGAAAUAGGAGUUAAUAGUGCUUUCUUGGCUGAUAUAAAACCACAAACUGAUGGUUGUAAUGGAUUGAAAUAUAAUUUAACUGUUGACAUAAUAGAAUGCAUAUUUAAAACUUAUCCAGCAGUAAAAAGAAAACAUCAAGAAAAUGUGCCUCAUAAAAUGUCUGAAUCCGAUUUUUGGACGAAGUUCUUUCAAUCGCAUUAUUUUCAUCGAGAUCGUAUCAAUGCAGGGACCAAGGAUCUUUUUACCGAAUGUGCCAAAAUAGAUGAUCAAGAACUUAAGAAGGAUAUUCAGACAGGAAUUGAUGACCCCUUGGUGGAUAUAACUUCUUUUGAAGAUCAAAGUCUAGAUGAAAAUUAUGGGAAUGGACCCAGUAAAUCGGACAAAGUUUCUGGAAAUAUUGUACAUCAGAGUAUGAUCAAAAGAUUUAAUCAACACAGCAUUAUGGUUUUGAAAGCAAGCACUGCCAAACAACCUACGCAAUCCGCUCAACCGCAAUUAAAUGGAUCAGCACCGUCAGCAAGUAAAACUACAGUCCACUCUAAUCAAUUAGACGAACGACCAAAGACUAAAAAACUUAGAAUACAAGAGAAAUUAAUUUAUGAUGAUCUCGACACCGCUUGCGACACGAACACAAAUAAUAGUGCACCAUUAAAUUUGACACAUAUAGAUAGGUAUUUGCAUGGUCCAAUACCAGGAUAUGGUAGUACAGAACCAACGUCUGAAGAACUUCUUAUAACGUUAAAUCAAUUAAGAAAAGAAGCAACUGGUUGGUUAUCAGGAAAUAGUAUACCAAGGCAAUUGGCAACAUCAUUAGUUAGUCCGGCUGCUGCAGUCUCAGCUUUAGGGGAAUUAACUCCAGGUGGUUCUUUAAUGAAAGGUUUUAGAGAAGAAAGUCUCGGACAAUUGAUACCAAAGGAUUUAGAAAAAGAAUUACGUAAUGUAUAUGUAUGUACAUGUGAACUUUUAAGGCAUUUUUGGCGUAGCUUUCCACCUACAACUCCGCAGCUUGAAGAAAAAGCAAUUAGAAUGCACGAAGCUUUACGUAGAUUUCAUUCGGCAAAACUGAAACCUUUUGAAGAUCGCGUUCAACGAGAGUUCUCUGCUGUUAGUCAACACUUAACAAGUCAUUUAAAUCAAUUAUUAAAUACAGCAUACCGAAAAUUCGCAGUUUGGCAGCAACGUAAAAUGCAAAUGAGGUAGCCAUUGAAUAACUUAUCGUACAAUUGAAAAUAACAUAAAUAAUGCAGAGCAAUAUUGAUCAUCUUAUAUAUAUGUGUAUAUAUAUAUAUAUAUAUAUUGCAUUUUGUAAUGUUACCGUGAUUAGGGAUUAAUAUGGGUGUAUUUCACAAAAACCAAAGCUGAAUCGUGUCAUGCAUCCUGUGCUGCCACAUAUUGUUAAUUUAUUCUUACAUAAUCAUGUUUAUUAUUGUUUUAAAAUUUUCAUUAGCGUGUUAUUUGAGUUCAUUCGUAAAAAAAAAAUUUUUCAUUAUUAUUUUCGUAAUCUAGUUUAUACUUUAUUUAUUUACUUUUUGUAGACUAUUAUGUAUCAUGUUGCAUGUCUUACAUUAAUAGAUUACUAUUACCAAGAUUAGAUUUUGAAAAAACUCAAAGAAUUUAACUUUAUGAUUAUUAUAAAAAAUAUAAAACGUGGAAUAUUUAUAAAUUUUUUUUAAAGAAGCUAUGGUUGCGUAUAAGAUAUUAAGGUUUGUAAAAUGCAAUUAUUUAGAGAAAUGUAUGUAAAAAGAAUUAUCUAAAUACUGUACGAUAUCAAAGUAGCUGUGAUACCGUCACUGUAUCAUUAAGCUUAUUUAUAGAUUUUAUUGCUUUGAAUUUUUCUUUCUUAAAUCUAAAUAUUUUGUACUCAUUUCAAUAGAAUUAGAAUAUAACAAAGGUUCUCUUUUGUGGCAUAUUUAUUAUAAAAGUCAAGAGCGCGUUUUAUACAAUUCCUAAAAUGUAAAUUUGUAUUGUUACGAAAUCAUAAAUUUUACUGGAAAAACUCGUAUAAAUUCAAUACACAGUGGCAUCAAGAUACUUUUAACGAUAUUUGCGAUAUACUAAGUGUCUUAAGUAUUGAAUGCUACUUUUUGUUUUUAUACUGUCAGAUAUAAUAAUUGGCAACACAAACUGCCUACUCACUUUCCUUACAGUAGCAAUAAUUUGGCAGUUAUUAAAAUGAGUGAUAACUACUUCAAUCAGUAACAAAACUCAGUGAUCAUCAUACUCGCAAAUUGCACUAUAAUUAUUACUAUGAUAACGAUUAUAAAUAUAUUCUUACAUUAUCAUUAAAUAAAUGUUAUUAUUGUGAAUAUAAGUAUUUGAUUAAUGA